ACAGGCCAUUUCAUUCGCUGGAGCCCUAGAAACUAGGGGUCUAGGAACUAGGACAUUUUUACACUCUUGAACAGAACUUUUUUUGACCUUUGGUCUACUAGUCAAAGGGGCGUGGCCUCUUUGCAACACACUUGAGUCGAGCGUGAGGAGAAGCAAGACGAGUCGGUGUCGCUGCACAAGAAUGACGCCUUUUGCUGCAGGGGACAAACGCAGGGUAGCUGUCUGAAGUGACGUCAUGCGUGGCAUAGCUACAUAGAGAACGAGCCUCCUGACAGAGUUGAGUGACCACACAGGGAAUAGGAGAAAAGGGUGGAGAUGGAGGACUUCUGGGCUGUGGUCGUUUGGGCCGUGAGGGUAUGGCUGUGCCUCAUUGUCAGCCUCAUCAUGAUCCCUGCUAUGUUUGGCUUUUCACUUGGCAUCUCUGAGACCUACAUGAACCUUCUGGUGCAAACUUUGGAGUGGGCUACACUGAAGUUACAGAAGGCAAGCGCGGAGGAACAUACACUUAAAGCCCCUGCAUCUAGUGGUCUCAUUCAGAGGGAAGAUGGUUCUAUGGAGAAAGAGCUAGAGGAGCUAAGACGGAGUCGUCCCAAACCAUCAGUAGGCGGUGAUUUUACACUUAGCGACUGUUUCUAUUUCACCCGCAGAGGAAUUGAGAGCAUUGUAGAGGAUGAGGUGACGCAGCGCUUCUCUUCGGAGGAACUGGUGUCAUGGAACCUGCUGACCCGCACUAACAAUGACUUCCAAUACAUCAGUCUGAGACUGACUCUGGUCUAUGGCCUUGGCAUCUUUGUCAGAUACUGCAUCCUGGCACCACUCAGAAUAACUCUGGCCUGCAUCGGCCUCACCUGGCUGGUCAUUGGAACAUCUGCAGUGGGACUGCUUCCCAACUGGAGGAUGAAGUUCUGGCUCAGCGAGUGGGUGCACGUCAUGUGCUACAGGAUCUGUGCUCGAGGGCUGUCUGCCGCCAUCCGCUAUCACCACAGGGAAAACAAACCCCAAAAAGGAGGUAUCUGUGUUGCCAAUCACACCACCCCUAUUGACAUUGUGAUACUCUGCAAUGAUGGCUGCUAUGCAAUGGUGGGUCAGGUGCACGGAGGAUUGAUGGGGGUCGUUCAGCGGGCAAUGGUUCGAUCCUGUCCCCAUGUUUGGUUUGAGCGUGCAGAGAUGAAAGAUCGCCAUCUAGUGACUAAAAGGUUGAAAGAUCACGUCAAUGACAAGGAAAAACUCCCUAUAUUGAUAUUUCCAGAGGGGACUUGCGUCAAUAACACGUCGGUCAUGAUGUUUAAAAAGGGGAGUUUUGAAAUAGGAGCCACAAUUUACCCUGUGGCCAUAAAGUACGACCCCAAGUUUGGCGAUGCCUUCUGGAACAGUUCCAAGUACAGCAUGGUGAGCUACCUGCUGAGGAUGAUGACGAGCUGGGCCCUCGUCUGCGAUGUCUGGUAUCUACCGGCCAUGCAUCAACAGGAGGGGGAAGAUGCUGUCCAGUUUGCCAACAGAGUAAAGUCAGCCAUCGCUCAUCAGGGGGGACUGGUGGAUCUACAAUGGGACGGCGGCCUGAAGCGAGCCAAAGUGAAGGAGUCGUUCAAAGAGCAGCAGCAGAAGCAGUACAGCAACAUGGUGGUGGGAGACGACAGCGGCAGUAACAGCGACUGAUAAUUCCACACAAGCUCUUCACUUGGAAGUGUCAUAUCCUCAUGAGCUGGACCUUUCACACCGUGAAAGGAGGAUCGCUCUGAUCCGCAAGUGCAAUAGUGAACUUUAAUAAGGGUACUGCUGCUAUUUUCUGUUGUGAUUGACAUCACUCUGAUGAAAAAUGUUGACUUUCGUGUGUAGUGAUGGAAGAAAAACUAUUGGAUACAAACACUGGAUGUGUGAAUGGCUCUCGCUGUUUAUGUGCUUCUUUUUUUUUUAAAUAAAGUGUACAUGAAUUGUAGCUAUUUUUUCACUAU